GUUCUGUAGUCGGAGUAUUACGGUAUCUGAGCUGCAUGAGGACAUGGCAGCGACCAGCAAACAGCUGCAGCCCCUCAACCCCCCAUACCAGAGCAGAGACAGACGAUCGCGACCGAAUUGAAACUCUCUCCUCUCUGUUUACAACAACAAGUGCCAACACCUGACUCGCUUUCCACAGAGCUAUCAGGUAUCCGUCGUCAGGUUUCACUGCUGUGGGUUUUCUAAAGCAAACUGCAUGCUGGGACACCGUAAAUGUUGAGCUGAACCCUCCUGAGCAGACUUCCUCUGGAGAUUUUGUCACCAUGUGGCUCCGGCCGGCUGUUUCACCAAUGCCUCGAUGGAAAACCUUCCUCGGCCAGUACCUGCGAUGGUCCAACUCCGUCACUCAAGCCCUCGUCCUGGCCGCCAUCACGUUUUGCGUCGUUCUGCCUCUGUGUUGCCACCGGCUGCUUUACUCGUACUACUUCAUCAGGUCCAUGUACCUGGACUCCAUGAGUGAGGAGGUCCUGCAGGAAAGCCUCGAUCGAGGCGAAGACGCGCUGCGCUUUUGGAAGAGCGCCUCCACCGCAUCCGCUGUGUCUUCCAGAUUCAGUGACGUCGUCAAGCAUCCUGAGCUGCUGGUUACCGUGGUGACAGCCAGGCGUAAUGAAGGGCGGGACUUCCACUACCUGCUCCAGGUGAUGCGUCAGCUGAGCGGCGUUCUGGGCGGCUGCGGGGAACGGCGGUGCGCGGAGGUGUUGGUGUGCGACGUGGAGAGCGGCUCGCAUGAAAACCAGGACGCCAAGCUGCUGGAGGCCAACUUCAGGGUGAUCCGGCGUUCUCCUCGGGAGCAGCAGAGGGACAGUGAACGAGUCAACACCUUCGAGAGGGAGAAGAGGGAUUACGUCUUUUGUCUCCGCAAGGGAUGGGAGCUGGUGAAGCCCAAAAACGUGGUUGUCCUGGAGGACGACGCUUUGCCGAAGCAGGACUUUUUCACAGUGGUGAAGGACCUGCUGUCGCGUCGGUUCUCCCUCCAGACUCUCUACAUAAAGCUGUAUCACCCUGAAAGGCUGCAGCGCUACUGGAACCCUGAGCCCUACCGCAUCCUGGAGUGGGUGGGACUCGGGGUGGUCGGAGCGACGGCCCUCCUCCUUACCUUUCCCUACUGGAACCCUUGCUCUUUCUCCUUCAAGCUGUCGGCCAACCACCUCCUCUUCUUCACCGUCUACUUCAUGGCUGCCUCGGAGCUGCUGGGGCGGCACUACCUCCUGGAGUUGCGGAGACUUUCUCCGCAGCUCUACGCCGUCUCCCCGGCCACAGAGUGCUGCACCCCCGCCAUGCUCUUCCCUGGAAACUCCUCGCUGAGGGUGGCCGAGUACCUGGACGGCUCGUUCUGCGUCAAGGGGAACGCCAAAGACAUGGUUCUGUAUCAGAUGGCUCGGACCAUACCCGGGGAGAGUUCCUACAGCGUGGAACCCAACCUCAUCACCCACAUCGGUGCCUAUUCCUCCGUCAGAGCCAACCCACCGAGGCCCAAACUCCUCUGACAGUGAAGUAACUCCAAUCAACAAAGGCUGGAUUUAAUCAGGUUCCUCGUAACUUGGUUCUACGUUUCUUUUCUGUCACGUCACUUGCUGGAGUCUGCAGACAUUUGAAGACAUCACUCAGAGUAUUGGUAUGGAGAUUUGGGUGAUAAGACAUCAAACUUAGGGAUGUACCAAUCUGACUUUUUUUAAUACCGAAACGGAUAGCGAUGGGUUCCCGGUAUCUGCCGAUAACGAGUACCGAUCUGAUACCAGCGUGUAAUUAAUACGCUGCUGUCCAUCAAUGUGUGGAAGUGACUGGGAUCAUUCUUUUAUGUGUAAGGCAACAUCAGGGUUAACUUAAACAUUGCUUUCUUAAUCUUGUAAAACUAAAUGAAACAAAUAAAUACAUAGGUAUAGAUUCACUGAAUUAUGAUUUAUUAUUAAGAUAAUAAGCCAGGAACAAGCAACUUGUUAAAAAAUCUUUAAAACUUAAAGUGUAAACCCUUUAAUGCAGCAACAAAUUGGUCAGAACUUAAACAGGAAUCAAAACAGAAUUUUAUAAUAUUGUUUUUUAACAUGGAAAUUAAUUGAAUAUAUUGGCCCCAUUGUGACCGAUAUCCACUCCAGCUAUUUGAGUGAUCAUCGGCCUGAUAUCUGUCACGGUGCAUCCCUAAUGAAGAUGUAAGCCAGGCUUACUACUCACAUUUUACUAUUUACAUGCGUGUAAAGUAUUUGUAGUGGGAAGUUGAUUUACCUCAAAAACCUUUUCUGCUGAGUUACAGACGUCUAUUUCCCAAUGUAACAUUUUUUCACGGGACGGACCCAGUGGUAAUUCCACCGUUUGGACUCGUUUUUAAUAUCAGAAUCUUUGCAAAAAGGUCUUUAAAAUGCACGUGAGAUUUAAGAGUUAUUGUGUGGUUUGGUUUUUUUAAAGCUUUGAGGUAGAAGGAGUGUUUUGAAACGUGUUUUGCUGGAUGUUGUAGAGUAAAAUCACCCAAAUCUACGAAAAAUCAGGAUUGCACCGCUAAUUGUUAGCAUAACGCUUGCCUAACAGAAGAUUUACUUAAAUGUCAAACUGUUUAGUGAAUACCAACCGAGCAUCUCACUGACCAACCUUUAUCACUGAAUGUGCCUUUAAUGUUUUGGGCUUUGACCCUUAGUAGAGGUUUUACUCCAUUACAGAAUAUUACCCAUGUUUCAGCUCUGCAGGAAUUGACUCUUAGGUUGAUCAGCUGAAAUAUUAUAACGCAUUUAAUUUGUACAUAAUCAUGAAGUGCAUUGAACAUUGUAAGAAUAACAGAAAGUGGCUGCCAAAGUAAAACCAAAUAGGCCAAUGAAAGUUCUCCAGUCUGCCAAUAAUUCAAUUAAAUACACCAGAGUUCAGAGUCGGGAGCUUAAACUGGUCUAAUCCGCCAUAGAGUUUAAUUCUCAAAAAGGAAAUGGCAACCAUAUGAUAAAUGACUGUGAACAUGUGAAAUAAAAUAAGGUAAAAUAAAUAUUUAUAUUAUUUUAUUGAAUACAUAUAGAAAUAUAAAGUAUAUAAAUAUUAUAAUAAAUAUUUGUUGACUUUAAAGUUAAAAAUAUUACAAAAAAACAUUGAUCUGGUAUUUUCAUUUCAUAUUUUGAUGAAAAUAUUCAGAUAAAUGAUCAGAGUAGCUGUACAUAAACUUAUUAUUUUACUUGACAAGUUGCUCAAAACUAUUUGCAGUUUCUUUAUCCGCAGACGUUAUAUAUCUUUGCUGCUUAUCUAUAUUUCAAGUUGACAACAUUCAUUUGGAAAAUGAAAACCAUUUAAUCAAUUUGAUUGAUUUAAGCUUGGUUGUGGGUUUCUGUCCUUCAUUCACUGCACUUUUCAAUUGAGUUUGAAUGUUUUUCAACUUUGAUGUGUUUUGUGGGGUUUUUUGAUCGCAUCAUUUUGUUUGCAUAUUAAUAACAUUCAAGAGAGUGACAAUUGAUUUUAUUUAUUUGACAUUUUACAUUUUUUAGACGUCAAAUUAUUGUCCAAAAUUAGCUGACCAAAGAUUGAUUUAGAAUAAGACUUCAGAUGAAAAUACGUUGUAUGAAUAUAACAUUUCAAAAUGUAAUAAGAGGAAAAAUGUGAGUUUCUGCCCUCCUGAAGGACGAUGCAAAUGACAUAUUUUUUUCUCUUCCGAGAUCACAUCUUUACACGUGGUUCUGUUUACACUGAGACUCUUUCACUGUUUCCUGCAUUUUAAACACAAUA